AUGGAGUACAAAAAGUUAGGAAAUUCGGGAUUAUACAUUGCUCCAAUUCUUGUAGGAUGUAUGAGUUAUGGGAAAAAGUCAUGGGCUGAUUGGGUGAUGGAAGAUGAAGAUCAAAUUAUGGAAAUACUAAAGAAAUGCUACGAUCUGGGAUUGAGAACUUUUGAUACGGCCAAUGUAUAUUCCUUUGGAUAUUCCGAAGUUUUAUUGGGUAAGUUCAUUAAGAAGUUCGACAUUCCCAGAGAAAACAUUGUGAUUUUAUCAAAGGUCUACUUCAAUGUUGAAGCUACUAUUUCUGAUAGAGCACAAGCUAAAGUAGUCUGGCCCUUCAAGAAUAGAGAAGGUCUUUCGAGAAAGCAUAUUUUGGAUGCCAUCAACAAAUCAGUGGAAAGAUUGGGUACCUAUGUUGAUGUUUACCAAAUCCAUAGAUUGGAUGAGGGAACCCCCAAGGAGGAGAUCAUGAGAGCGUUGAAUGAUGUGGUGAACCAAGGGUUAGCAAGAUAUAUAGGAGCUUCAUCUAUGAGAGCCGUAGACUUUGCUCAAUUGCAAGCAAUUGCUGAUAAGAAUGGCUGGCACAAGUUUAUUUCGAUGCAAAACCACUAUAACUUGUUGUACCGUGAAGAAGAAAGGGAAAUGAUUCCAUUCUGUAAAGACAAUAUUUUUGGUGAAGUAGGACUUAUUCCUUGGUCUCCGAUUGCUAGAGGUAAAUUGGCUAGACCUUUAGGAACUGUUUCUGCCAGAGAAAAAAGUGAUAUUGGGUUUAAGAGUAAGUACUUGAAAGAUGUCCAAGAAGAUAGUGAAGUUAUUAUAAAUAGGGUCGAAGAGUUAUCUAAGAAACAUGGUGUUAGUAUGGCUUCCAUUGCAACUGCUUGGACCAUUGCCAAAGGGUGUGCUCCAAUCGUUGGAUUGAGUUCUGUCGAUAGGGUUGAUGAUAUUUUAGUCUCGCUAACUGUGAAGUUAUCAGAAGACGAUAUAAAGUAUUUGGAAGAACCUUAUACACCCAGACCAGUUGACUAUUGA